AUGUCUAAUUUCCGCAGCCGCCAUCCCGACUACGGGUCGAUCGCGGACCCCAGCACGGACGAAAAGCCCCACAAGCUCAACACGAUGAACGGCGUCACGCUGCCCACGAUCCUGAACGUGCUGUCUAUCUUGAUGUUUUUGCGGUUCGGCUUUGUUCUCGGCCAGAUGGGCAUUCUGGGCACGCUGCUGCUGCUGGUUAUGAGCUACGGCAUCGACCUGCUCACGACGCUCUCCGUGAGCGCCAUCGCCACUAACGGGACCGUCAAGGGCGGCGGGGCGUACUAUAUGAUCAGUCGCAGUCUGGGAGUGGAGUUCGGCGGCGCAAUAGGCAUCAUUUUCUACAUUGGCCAGGUCCUGAACUCUGCGCUGAACGUGGCCGGCCUGAUCGAGCCGCUGCUGUACAAUUUCAACAGCCAGACCGGCGUCGUGUGGAAAUUGCUGCCCACAGACUACUGGUUCCAGUUUAUCUACAGCACUGUGUUUCUGGCUCUCUGCACGGUGAUUUCGCUAAUUGGCUCGCAGACAGUUUCCAAAGCGGGCUCGCUGCUGUGUUUUCUGCUGAUUCUGUCGACGCUGUCGGUGCCUCUGUCGUCGCUCGUGGUGGCUCCGUUUUACUCCAAAGAAAACGACGUUUUUUACACGGGCAUUUCGUGGUCCACGUUCACAGAAAACCUGCUCCCGCACUUCACCCAAGGCGCCGCAGGCUCGCAACUGCCGCGCAGAGAGAACUUCAGAGACGUGUUUGGCAUUUUCUUCCCUGCUACAGCAGGCAUCUUUGCUGGAGCGUCCAUGAGCGGCGACCUGAAAAGCCCGUCCAAAUCCAUCCCGCUGGGAACGCUGAGCGGCCUGCUGAUCACGUUUGUGUGCUAUCUGCUGGUCAUCAUCUCCAUGGGAUGCUCCAUCCCGCGCGAACUGCUGUACAAAGACGUGCAAGUGCUGCAGACGGUCAAUCUGUCGCCGCUGCUGAUUAUCGUCGGCGAGGUGUCGACGUCCGUGUUUUCGGUGAUUGUCGGCCUCGUGGGCGCCGCGAAACUGCUCCAGGCCAUCGCCAUCGACGAGAUCUUGCCCGGCCUGCGCGUUUUCGGCACACGCCCCGUCUACGGCAUCCUGUUCACAUGGCUGCUGUGCCAGCUGUUUCUGUUUGCCGACGUCAACCAGAUCGCGACGCUCAUCACCAUGGCUUUCCUCAUGACAUUCAUCGUCACCAACGUGGCCUGCUUCCUUUUGAAGCUCGGCUCGGCCCCCAACUUCAGGCCCAGCUUCCGCUAUUUCGGAACAACCACCGCCCUACUGGGCACGCUGGCGUCCGGAGCGGCAAUGUUUGUUGUCGACGGCAUAUCCGCGUCCUUCAUCUUCAUCAUGCUCAUGGCGCUCGUCCUGUUCAUCCACUACAUCUCGCCGCCAAAACAGUGGGGAGACGUGUCGCAGUCGCUCAUUUACCACCAGGUGCGCAAAUACCUCCUGAAACUGCGCCAGGAUAACGUCAAGUACUGGCGUCCGCAGAUCCUGCUGCUGGUGGACAACCCGCGCACGAGCUGGAAACUAAUCAAUUUCUGCAACCACCUGAAAAAAGGCGGUCUUUACAUCCUGGGCCACGUCGUGGUGGCAGACAGUUUCCAGGACCGUGUGGCCGAUCUGAACCGCCAACGGUCCGCCUGGAUCAAGCUCCGCGACGUGUCGGGGGUGAAGGCGUUUGUGCAGAUCGCCAUCGCGCCCACGUUCUGCUGGGGAGUGCGCAACGUGUUUCUGGGAUCGGGACUGGGCGGAAUGAAACCAAACAUCACCAUAGUCGGGUUCUACGACCUGUCCAAGUAUAAAACGCAGAAACUGCCCAGAAGCAUGAACUUCGAGUCCAAAACGCCGGAAUUCUCCAAACAGGUCAACGUCAACCUCUCCGGACUGCCCACAGAUACCUGCAUCCAGGAGGACCACAUAGGCCUGUGCAACUGGGUGCAAGUGCUGGAAGACCUGUCGCUGCUGGACAGCAACAUCGCCGUCGCCAAGGGGUUCCCGCGCCUGCACAUCCCUAGCAACCACGAAAACGAGCUCCACGACUCGCAACAGCGCUGCAUCGACCUCUACCCGAUCCAGAUGUCGAGUCACGUGACCAACAAGUCGGGCAAGAGUAUCAGGACCAACAACUUCGACACGUACACCCUGAUUUUGCAGCUGGGCGCCAUUCUGCACACGGUGCCGUGCUGGAAGAAGACGCACCGGCUGCGCGUGGUGGUGUUUGUGGAGUACACGCGGGACGUUGCCGAGGAGAAGCAGCGGCUGCGGUCGUUGCUCGAGAUACUGCGAAUCAACGCCGAGGCGGUGGUGCUUUGCUUGGAGUCGGGCAACUUUGGCACGUACAACUACAUUGCCAAGGGCGAGAAGGACGGGUUUGACACGGGCAAGGUGGACGCCCGACUCGAGAACGACGAGUGGUGGCAGGCGGUGGUGGAGAUGCGCGGUUCUGCCGCGCCGGCGCCCAAGCCUGUGGCCAACAUACAGAUCAAUUCCAAGGUUGUGAGGAAGUUCCAUGCGGGCAACAGAAAACGGUACUCGGGCAGCUACAUGCGCAAGAACGGCGUGGCGUUCUCAAUGGUCUCGAACGGCAUAGCAAACGUGGACCUCCACAAGACGCUGGCAGACGCCUCGUCGUCAGAAGACGACUACUCGUUUUCCGACAGCGAGUCGGUUGUGUCGUCGGCGUCGUCGAUCUCGCGCCACGAGCCCCAUCCGCCGACGGCGCCCGUGUACCAGCCGUCUGUGCAGCAUCUGCGGCGGCCAAUGCUGCGGAACCUCAAGUCGUCGACGUCGCUGUUGCGGCAGAAAGUGUCCACAUUUUCUGCAGACACAAUGCCCAACUCGCAGGUUUUGGAGAACGCACAGGGUAACGAGCCGUCCAUCAUGUUUGUUCAGGACGGGGCCGAGCAGGGCGCGCUGUCGGGCAGCGUGUCGCCCGCUCUUGCGGCCACUGCGUACGACGACUCGGUGUUUUCGUUCAACGAGCUGAGCAGCACGGCGCAGUAUCUGAUUUUGAACGAGCUCAUGCGCAGCACGUCUGCCAACACGGCUCUAAUAUUCUCGACGUUGCCCGUUCCGGAGAUCGGACUGCACAAGGACGAGAGAAGCUGCCUGGACUACGUCACCAAUCUCGACACCUGGUGCAAUGGACUGCCUCCCACGCUGCUGAUAAAUGCCAAGACUGUGACUGUGACUACGAAUUUGUAA